AUGAACAAAGCUUCAAAGCACGUAACGGAAAUGAUCAAUGUACUGAACUUUUUGGGUGUUCUUUUUGGACCUUCUAUUGAUUUAAAAGUUAGAGGUGCUGAUGUUUCCAUCUUUAGGAUAUCAGCUCAAGCAUCCUAUAAGGCUCCUGACAAAGCAUGCAAGAGAGUCAAGAAAUUGUUGAGUAAAGUUGCUAAAUUGUAUCAAAAGAUUGAAACUGGAGAUGUGGCUCAUCCUCCAAAGAGCACGGCUCGUUUUUUGCAAGAAAUGUUCUCCUUAGUUACUGAAAUUCAAAAUUGA